AUGCCCGAGAUAGCUGAAGUGGCUCGUAUUGUGCAUUUUUUGCGAGCUCACCUAGUCGGCAAGCAAAUCAAAAAGGUCACCGCUGUCGAAGAUGCCAAUGUGUACGGCAAGGUUGGCACUCGUGGCCCCGAAUUCGAAAAGGCCUUGGCAGGCAGGAAGGUUGUGUCUGCUGGAAACCAAGGCAAAUACUUCUGGCUGGUCUUGGACAAGCCGCCUCAUCCAGUGAUGCAUUUUGGCAUGACUGGAUGGAUUCAUAUCAAAGGCGUGCGAACCGCGUACACCAACUAUUACAACAAGAUGAAGCCCGGAGAGGAAGACCAGUGGCCUCCCAAAUACUGGAAGUUCCAACUGGAGACCGACAGUGAUCCCAAGGUCGAGGUCGCGUUCGUCGACCCUCGACGCUUUGGUCGCAUCCGUCUUGUCGAUUGCCCAGGAAAGGACAUUCGGCAAGCAUCUCCCCUGGUUGAGAAUGGGCCCGAUCCUGUUGUUGAUCAGGAUCUUUUCACCUACCAGUAUCUCCUCGACAAGAUGCGCAGCCGGCAUGUCCCUGUGAAGGCCCUCCUUCUUGAUCAGGCGAUGAUCAGUGGCAUCGGGAACUGGGUCGGGGACGAGGUCUUGUACCAUGCCAAGCUACAUCCCGAGCAAUACUGCGAUGAAUUCAGUGAUUCUCAGAUAAAAACGCUUCACGGCAGCAUAUGUCACGUUUGUCGCAUUGCCUGCGACAAACUGGGAGACUCUGACCAGUUCCCCGAAGAAUGGUUGUUCAACCAUCGUUGGGGCAAGGGCAAAAAGGAUGCUGCAAGUGCACUUCCAAACGGAGAGAAGCUUGCGUUCCUUACCGUUGGCGGUCGCACUAGCUGCUACGCUCCGAACGUGCAGAAGAAAACUGGCCAUGUGGCCCCUGGGAUCAAGGAGGAACCCAUCACUUCCACCAAGCAAGACGACAAGAAACCCGCCAAGACAAAGGCGCCCAAGAACGACACCAAGAUCGAACCUCCGUCGAAGAAGCGACGGAAGGGGGAUGCGACCCCAGUCAAAAUGGAGGAGGCUGAGCAAGAUGUGAAGAAAACAAAACCGAAAGCAAACAAGUCGCAGGAAGGCAGUGGCGCUACCAACAGGCGACGCUCAGCAAGACUUUCCGCCGUUUAG